AUGGUUUGGGGUCUCUUUCCCGUUGAUCCUCUCUCAGGGGAAGAGAAAUACUACAUCUUUUCAAAAGGGAAUUACAAGAUUGGUCGAAAAGGAUGUGAUAUAAUUAUCAAUAAGGAUAAGGGGGUCUCUAGGAUCCAUGCAGAGUUAACUUUGGAUGCAACAGCUGUUUCAACCUCUCGGAGGAACAAAAACAAAUCUUCGGAUACCUCAUUUGUUAUCAGUGUCAAAGAUUGUUCAAAGUAUGGGACUUUUGUCAAAACUGACCUCGGGACGAAAGAUAAAGUUCAUGAGCUACCUGAUAAGGAGAAAAUUCUCAAAGAUGGAGAUGUUAUCACAUUUGGUACUGGUGCAGCAACUUACAGGUUGUCUUUAGUUCCUCUCGUGUUUUACAUCUGCCCUUCCUCUAAUACCUUUAAGGUGGAUCAGUCAGUACAAGAUGCAGUUUCAUCAAUCGGUGCUCAUAUUGCUACAACCUUGAGUGAGGAGUGCACUCAUGUCCUUAUUGAUCCACGUAUGCAAGUGAAUGAAGCUCUGGUUAAUGCAGUUUUAGCCAAAAAACCAAUCAUUCUGACGAAUUGGGUUAAGCUUCUCGCAGAGAAAAGUAUCCGCAGCGAAUUUCCUGGAAACAGCCAGUAUAGACCAUCAGUGAUGGUGGAAGAAGCUUUGGUGGAUGUAAUGGAGCCAAACGUUCGUGAAGCAUGUCUAGAAGGAUCUACCUUUGUGUUGGAACCAACAGACACGUACAGAUUUGGAAGUAGCUUCUCAUCGCUACUGAAAGUAUGUGGCGCAGAGACUGUUGACAUAGCAGACAUUAGCUCCAUGAGUCAGGAUUCUCAGGAUGGAGAAACUAACCGCAUGAUAUGUGUCAUCCCAAAAAGUUCAGGAGACAAGUUUGGCCAUUUGAAGCAUCUCAGUUUGUUAUCUAGAGUGAAGGAAAUGGAUUUAUUAUGCGCUAUUUUGUCCGGAAAUCUACCUUCUACUUCGUUGAUACAACCUUCCGUUGUCAUUUCAUCAUCUUGCUCUACGGACGAGACAGUGGUAGCAGAUUCAGAUGCUGAAGAGGAAGAGGCAACAUCAUCAGUUCAUAUGAUCGAUGCCACUGUAAAGGCAGAAACACCAGAGAAGCCAGCUGCUAUUGUAAUAGAGGAGAGUGAGAGUCCGGUAACGAUUUUGGAAGAAACUAUGAACCUGAAUGAGUUUAAAAGCGUAAACUUAACGGCAUAUACUGAAAUGAAAGACUACAGUGAUGAGAAGAAGCCAAGUGAUGUGACAAUCCGAAGGGAUCGAAAUGAAGAGGCUGAAAGUGGGAAGUCGGAGAUUAUCUACACUCAGGAUCUUAUUGUUAGGGAUUUGCGAGCAAUGAGAAAUGUUCGGUCUACAGGAGAGGAAGGAGUAGUUGACUUCAAGCGAUUCAGAAAGGGACAUGUUACAUCCGGAAACAGUUUCAGUAACCUGAUACCUUUCGCCAAAGAUCCAUACAAAGAGUACGAUAGCGGUGAAGUGGCAGAGUUUGUGAAAGAAGAGAAGAAGAGGAAGCAGAGGGAAGCCGUUGCAGAGGACUUGUUUGUCAAUGAAAAGGCUGGAAAGCGUGCAAAGGCUGGUGGUUCCAUUCGCGAGUUUCUCACUCGAGGUUGA